GAUCUUGAUCCCAGCCAUCUCAUUCUGCCAACACCACCAACUUCGAGUCCCAAGAUGAUGAACUCGCACUGCCACGUUUCUGUCGCUGACUUCAGAUCAGAAUCAUUUUCAUGUCGUACUAAUUUCUUCACCCUUUUCCAUGUACAAAUGUUACUAUCGUCUUCCACUCGCAUGAUCCCAUAGGCCUCCCAUCGAAGCGCAUGCUACGCAGCACUUGUCCCAUCUCCAGUCCUUCCCAUGGCACCAUGGCUGCGCCUGGCAGCGCUGCCUACCUCCCUUCUCAUCUUCAUCGGCACUUUUCCCGUACCAGCAUCGUGCCAGGUUGCGUACGGGCACUACAACCUACCACCCGACGCGAAAUACUAUCCGGAGGAUGAGAUGCGGCUCAAGCGGAGUAUUGACAUCCAGCAAAAGUUACAACAUACAUCCGUGGCAGGAGUGAGAAAGAUGAGCGAUGAUCCUGGACAGAAAUUUCACCUCGAGUACUGGGGUUUUGAGCCAGAAGAGAGCGAGCUGAACAAGUAUUCGAGUUGGACGAAUGCGAGCCUGUACACCUCGUUCGAUCAUCCCGUCCGGGUACAUACACAUCACCAGGAACGCAGAUAUCCGCGACUCCCGGGCUGGCAUCUGUUUGAGAAACGGGCCUUCCAAUGUCCUACGGGGACUUCAGCGUGCACGUCCAUAGACCGGCCAAACAGCUGCUGCUCGACGGGCUCGACAUGUCAGAUCGUAACAGACACCGGGCUCGGGGAUGUCGGCUGCUGCCCGUCGGGAGAGGUCUGUGCAGGCUCUCUUUCAACGUGCGAGUCGGGCUACACUUCGUGUCCAAACAACCCAGGAGCGGGCUGCUGCAUACCAGGCUAUGCAUGCUACGACGUCGGAUGCGUUCAGACGUCUACUGCGACCGUAUCAACGUUGCUAUCUGCCUCGACGACAACAGUCACAUCCUACACGACAAUCACACCGUCCGGGUCAAGUACAACUACCACAUCGACCUCAACGACAACAACCACUUCGACGACGUCAACACAGAGCGCGUCCACCCUGUCACCUCAAGUUCUGACCGUAACCAGAACAGUCACCGUGACUUCCACGCCCAAUGUCCUGGCUUGCUCGACCGGUUACCGGUCUUGUCCAGCGUCCCUCGGCGGAGGCUGCUGCCCAACAGACCGGUCGUGCGGUUCAGCAAAUUGUCCUGCUUCCACCACCAGCUCUUCCGCAACAGCAGCUCCGCCGGUCCGCCCAACGACGCUGACAACAAUCGACCAAACAACCACGACAACACUGUCCGUCAGCUCUGAUACGACUGCACCCUCGACUUCUCGAACGACCACGACCGCAAGCAGUAGCACCAGUGUCAGCGGGUGUCCUACGGGCUUCUACGCCUGCAGCGCCUAUUAUCAGGGCGGCUGCUGCCAGACCGGCCGCAAUUGCGACACAACGUCCUGUCCUGCAAGCGCAAGCACUACGGUCAUCAGCACCGACGGUGUGACUGUCGUGGCGCCAACGGGCAGCGGGAUCACGGGAGUAUCCACCGCCUUAACUGGCUCUUGUGCGAAAGGGUGGUCUACAUGCGCCGCGGAUCUAGGUGGAGGAUGCUGUCCGUCGGGCUAUCAAUGCGGAGUGACCAGCUGCGCGGCGACUGCCUCUGGAGGUUCUGGCACGGGCAAGGAGGCGCCUAGUGCUGCGACGAGGAGCGUGCAUACGGAUUCUUUGGUGCUAGCGUUGGCAUUUUCAGCGAGCUUGGUGAUGUGCAUAAUUCUUGCAUUGUGAAUAGAUUAGCAUUCAGGGCCAUACAGCCUCGACCGAAUUUAUGAGAACAUGUGGCUAAUUUGAUUUGUUCUUUGAUUUUGUUAGGCCAGGAUGUGCUAUCUCAGGCCAAGUCACAGUGGCUCCUUGCUAUCUCGCCGUCGCAAUGCAACUUCGAUGCCGGCAACCCAAAAUGAUCACCCAUAAGAUCUCAAAUCAUCAUGAGAUAACACCAGCGACACGCAAUGACCUUUUCAAUCCCCCUUCUUCCGCGU